AUGCCUCACAGAACAAGGCCUUUGAUGGGACUCUUGCUUUUCACUGGAAUAAACUUUGUGUUGGUGCAGACCAUUACUCCAGUCUAUGACUUUGUCUGCUUCUUGCCUUACUGGGAGAGAAGGAGAGAGCGAAUCCGGCAAGAGCGUGAAGCUGCGGCUUCGUCAUCAAACAGUACAAACUCAAUGCAGAAAGCUACUCAAGCAUCUGUUGGAUGA